AUGGCGAACCGAAUGUCCAUGUUCUCGGUCGCCUCUGAAGGCAUGGGGAAUAAUCGUGGUCCUCAGACUGCUCAGGUCUCCACCACCACUCUGCUCAACACUGUACACAACAUCUAUCUCGCCAGCCAGCCUCAUCAAUUGGACUCGAGUACUAGCCUUGUUGUCAACACGUGGCUCACCGCCGCCCAAGGCGGUCCGACUGUCGAUGCUGCUCUAGCUACUCGGGCUUGGGAGCACGCUCGUCGUCGCGCUGAGGAUGGGUUAAUCGUGCUUGGAUCGCUACACUCUUCCACACCGUCCGUCCUCGUGCCGUUUCUUUCGUCUAUGCCGUUCACGAUUCCGAAUUCCAUCUUCAAAGCUCUAGACUCUGUGCAGCCCUUCCUUCGCUGCGUCACACCUUACAACCCGUCUUUCCCUCGACAGGCUGCCCUGAGCGCUUCCUUCACCCUCAACCUUACCGGUAAUCUUACUGCCGCUACUCUUGCUUUGUCUCAGGGCGGAAUCGAUACCGAGAAUGGCCUUUUCAAUAUCCCCGCCGAUGCUGGAUACCGUGCUUUUGACGUCUUCUACUAUUUACUCACGUCCGCAUCCACACCCGCGGAACGCGAGUUUCUUGGUCUACAGGCUCCUUCGACCUAUGCUCUGCUUGCUCGAUCAUCCACCUAUACCCCGCCUGCAUAUCUCCCCACAGCUGAUGAUUCUGCCUCGGCCGACGACUUCCGCCAGGCUCUCAAAGACAUUGGAAUCAAGGGCUCUGCUCACCGAAACUUCAUUUCUACGCUGGCCGGUCUUCUGAAGCUUGGAAACACCCUUGACUAUGAACUUGAAUCCGACUCCCUUGAAGAGCUCUGUGAAGAGGCUAGCGGCCUACUUGGCCUCGAACCCGCUGUUCUCACCACCAAGUGCAGCACCGAAGACCGACGCAUCCUUGUCAGCGGUCUUUACGAAUCACUCGUGGACUGGGUUAUUUCCAAGGCCAACGCUGCCAUUUCCUCGCAAAUGACCCGGAUUCGUGAUGGCGAAGAAUCUGCAGAUGGCCGCGGUGCUCGCACCCCUACGUCGGAGGAGGAUAAUGGGGAUACUGUCAGCCUCACCGUCGUUGAAAUACCCGACCCUACUCUUGGAAAAGCUGUUUGCAUGCGAUCGAUUUUUGAUGACUCUUGCGGUAUAAACGCUGAGAUGAUUCAAGACGGAGUUGAGGUAUCUCCGGCUGGCUCUUCCGUCAUGAGAGAAGUGCAACAGGCCGUCGCCGACGUUGCCCCAGACCUAGGCAUCAUGACCGGCCCCGAAGGACGCGAACGCCAGCGCGAGUUGGAGCAGAGAGAAGUUGUUCUCGAGAGAGUUGCUCACGCCGCUGAAGAUGGUGGCUUCAUCAAGAAGCUUCUGUUCCCCAUUCAAGGGGAGGGUAUUAACCUGGGUCGGGCUGGUCGAUUUGACCUCCCUCAAACGCUCGCUUCCAGUCGUGCUUGGUAUCACCUAUCCUUGCACCCCACGGAUGAUGGCCCGGCUAGCCUAGCGGCCCUUCCCUCCAUUACCUCGGCUUGGUCCGCCGGCACUGUUUCCCGACAGCUUCGUUCUUGGCGCCUACCUGAGUGGGCAAACCGCCGUAACCGCCACCUUGACUACACAGCCGAUUUUGACGUUGAGGAGUUUGUGACUCGGUAUGGUCCUCUCGGCUGCUCAGAUGGUAAGGAUGGCAUUGAAAGCUGGAUGCUCGAACGUGGCUGGAGCAACGGCGAGAUAUUCGUCGGCAAGGAGCGCGUUUGGAUUCGCGAGUCUGCUUGGUGGGAUGCAGAGUCAAUGCUUGACAUGAAGCAAGGCACUGACAUCCCAGCUUUGAACACCAACCCGUUCAGCAGUGGGUUCGACACAUCAUACUCAAACAACGGUAGUGGCUUCUUCCCACCCCAGCCGAUGGACCAGGCCUACGGUGGUAGUCGCGAUGACCUCAUGGGAGUACACUCUCGCAGUGUCAGUCAGGCUAAUGGCAGCCAGGCUGGGUUUCCUCAGGCCAUGAACGUUGCUCCCUCUAUUGCACCCACUUCUAUGACCGGCACACGGAAUGUGAGCAAAGGCGACUACGGACUGGGAACCAAGGGUGACACCUACAAGGGGGACGAGUAUGUCGAAGCUGGUGACUACAAUGGUGAGCUGGACCCCGAGCUCGCCAAGAAUAAGCACCUGGAAACGAACCACACCACUGCCGGUCGCCGUGCUUGGGUUGCCGUCGUCUGGGCUCUCACUUUCUGGAUUCCUUCCCCCUUGCUCAGGUACGUUGGCCGCAUGCGCCGACCUGAUGUUCGCAUGGCCUGGCGUGAAAAGCUUGUUCUGGUCUUCAUUAUCUUCUUGUUGAAUGCAAUGAUCGUCUUCUGGAUCAUCUUCUUUGGGAAGUUGCUCUGCCCGAACUUUAACAAGGCUUGGAACAAGAGUGAAGUGGCAAGCCACCAAGGAAGCGACUCCUUCUGGGUAGCUAUACAUGGUCAAGUCUUCGACAUCUCCGAUUGGUGGAGGCAGCAACAUAGCGAUGUUCCCCAAGUCAAAACGACAAGCGAUCUCAUGCAGCCCCUCAAUGGGCUGAUCAUGGACAGCUACUUUGUGCCGCCUCUAUAUCUUUCUUGUGGCGGGCUGGGAAUAACAGACACCACAAAGCUUUUGCUCAACACCACCCCCGAGUAUCAAACCGCCGUCCACACCUCCGGCUCCGGUGCACGCUACCCCAACAGCAAAUUGCACAACGAAAACUGGUACUACGAAACUUUCCUCCCAAAGAUCAAGACUUUCUACCACGGCGACCUUGUCUGGAGUACAAAGUCUGUUAAGUCCGAUGGUGCAGACAAUCAGCAUAUGUGGGCCAUGUAUGGUGAUCAAAUCUACGAUCUUACCGAUUACUUCUACACCGUCGAAACGAAUAAUGGCAAUAGUAUCUACCAGUUUAUGAACAAGGGUAUCUCUGAUCUCUGGAAGAACAACCCAGGCCAGGACAUCAAAAAGCAGCUCGAUGCAGCGCUCGACGCUGCCAAGACCAGUGGCGAUACCGACAAUUACAACAACAUGGCCAACUCGUGGAGCUGUAUCCAGAGGACCUUUUACGUUGGGAAAACUGAUUUCAGAGAAGGGCCUCGAUGCACCGUCAAUAACUGGAUCAUGUUGGCCUUUACCAUUAUCAUUUGUGCCAUUAUUCUGGUCAAGUUCGUGGCGGCCAUUCGCUUUUCUUCCAAGCGCCGCCCAUCACCCCAGGAUAAGUUUGUUAUCUGCCAGGUACCUGCUUACACCGAGGGCGAAGAAUCGCUCCGCAAGGCGCUUGAUUCGCUUACGGCACUGCAAUACGACAACAAGCGCAAGCUGAUCUUUGUGGUUUGUGAUGGUGUCAUUACUGGCCAGGGCAACGACCGGCCAACACCUAAGAUUGUUCUCGAUAUUCUCGGCGUUGACCCCAAACUCGACCCACCGGCCUUGGCCUUCAAGUCAGUUGGCGCAGGCAGUGAGCAGCUGAAUUUCGGCAAAGUCUACUCCGGCCUUUACGAGUUUGAAGGCAAUGUUGUUCCUUACAUUGUUGUUGUUAAGGUUGGCAAGGAAUCAGAGCAGACUGGUGCGAAGCCUGGUAACCGUGGUAAGCGCGACUCGCAGAUUCUGCUUCUGAGUUUCCUCAACCGAGUCCACCAUCGAUCUCCUAUGAACCCACUCGAGUUGGAGAUGUUCCAUCAGAUCAACAAUAUCAUCGGCGUUGACCCUGAGCUGUAUGAGUAUCUCCUCAUGGUCGAUGCCGAUACUGCAGUCGAAGAAGACUCCCUCAAUCGUUUAGUAUCUGCCUGCGCACACAACGCCAAGAUUGCCGGUAUCUGCGGUGAAACCAGCCUACAGAACGAUGAAAAGUCAUGGUGGACCAUGAUCCAGGUGUAUGAAUACUUCAUUUCUCACCACCUUGCCAAGGCCUUUGAGUCACUCUUUGGAAGUGUUACGUGUUUGCCCGGAUGUUUCUCCAUGUACAGAUUACGAACAGUCGACAAGGGCAAGCCUCUCAUCAUUUCGGAUGCCGUCAUCAAAGAGUACAGCAUUUGCAACGUCGACACCUUGCAUCAGAAGAACCUUUUGUCUCUGGGUGAAGACAGAUUCCUGACCACUCUUAUGACGAAGCAUUUUCCAUCUAUGCACUACAAGUUCGUUCAGGAUGCCCAAUGUAAGACUGCGGCUCCAGAAUCGUUUGGUGUUUUGAUUUCUCAGCGUCGUCGCUGGAUCAACUCCACUAUUCACAACUUGGUUGAGCUGCUGCGUCUCGGCGACAUGUGCGGUUUCUGCUGUUUCUCUAUGCGCUUCGUCGUCUUCAUUGAUCUCUUCAGCACAAUCAUUCUACCUGCUACCUGCGUUUACCUGGGCUAUCUCGUCUACCUACUGGCGAGCAAAACUGGCCCAUUCCCUGUCAUUUCGAUUGCAAUGUUGGCCGCCGUUUAUGGCCUUCAAGCCUUGGUUUUCAUUCUUAAGCGGCAGUGGCAACACAUCGGAUGGAUGAUUAUAUAUAUCCUUGCGUUCCCCAUUUACGCCUUCAUUCUCCCCAUCUACUCGUUUUGGAACCAGGACAACUUCAGCUGGGGCAACACUCGCAUUGUCAUUGGAGAAAAGGGCAACAAACAAGUUAUCGCUGUGGAGGAUGAAAUAUUCGACCCUCGCUCGAUUCCCAUGCAGCGUUGGGACGACUAUGCCUAUGUCAACAACCUGCCUGGCCGCCGUGGUGGUUACCAGGAGAAGGAAGACUCGCCCUACAUGGACCAAUACGAGAUGGACGAGAUGAAAUCUGUCUAUUCUGCCGCACCCCAAGGAACUGUUCUCUCCGGCAUGCCCGGCAACAACCCUUACAUGACUCCGCAAUCUCCUGCCUUCAUGGGUACUCCCAAUCGCAGCUCCACCAUGAUCCAUCAGCAGGAUCCCAUGCUGCAAGCCAGAGGGCAACCUUCUGUCGCAGAUCUUCAUGGUCGUCAAUCUCCCUACCAAGAUUUUCCACAGGCGCGACCUAGCAUGAUGAACAUUCGCAGCCAAUCCAACCUCUCUUCUCAGUUCGGCGGAGGUAACCGAUCCUCAUCCGCAAUUGGCUUCUCGCAACGUCCUCCAAUGGCGAGCGACACCUCUCUACACAAUGUCAACAUUGACUUCAGACAAAAUAGCGGCGCGACAUCUGACGCCUCGAUCAUCGAGUCCAUUCAGGCCGUCCUACGUGAUGUUGAUCUGGAUACCGUCACCAAGAAGCAGGUGCGUGCUCUCGUAGAGCAGCGUCUGCAGACUGAGCUGGUGGGCGAGCGUCGGACGUUCCUCGACCGACAAAUUGAUCGCGAACUGGAGAGCAUGUAA